CAUGUAAGAGAUGACAAAAAAAAAAAAAAGAAGAUUUGUAUAUAUCUAAACAUCCUUGAAAUUUCAAUUCUAUAUUUCUCUUCUAACGGGCGUCUAGCAAAGAUAGGGUGUGAAGCCGGUGGGCGGGUGGGGGCCCUUCCGGGAAAGGAACGGGUGAAUUCACUUGACAACCGACCCUCGCCUCCCUCCCUAAUGGCGGAGGACUGGUGGAUGGAUGGAGGCAUCAUUUUCGCAGCCCACCCGACGGGGCCAGUUUGCCCUUCUUGAUCUCAAAGCCGUGCGACUGCUCUUGCUCGAUUGGAAACACUCCACCCCCUAACCUUAAGCCAAGCAACGCUCAACCGCUUCCUCUUCUGGUUUAUUAACUCCACUUCCUCCACUCUCUCAUGGCGACACCGACAAAGAAGCCAUAGCAGACCAUACCAGAGGAAGAGGAGAUAUAAAUCGAAAGACAGAGAGACACGUACCUCUCAUCAUGGCUUCCUCCAGCUUCCAUGAAGAGGAGACGGACGAUGGCUUCGUCUCCGCCGUCCGCCACGAGUCCCCGCAGCAGAUCCCCGCCGCUCCUCAGUGCACACAGGAGUCGCUACAGCUGGAUGACGGCGGGGGCGACGAGUCAGAGGACGACGACGACUUCGAAUUCGCUUUCGUGAUCAAGGACCCUGACGGCGGUCAGGACAUUACCGCCGACGAGAUCUUCUCCGACGGCCAGAUCCGCCCCGUCUACCCCGUCUUCGGCCGCGCCCUCCUCCUCGCCGACGACGACGGCCUUAGCCGCCGCGGGAGAGCGGCGGCGGAGCUGGAGGAGGAGCGCGCGACCUCGGCGGUGCGGGGAACCCUCCGCCACCUCUUGAUCGCGGAGCGGGAGGAGAACCUUGGCGCGUCAUCGUCGUCCUCGUCCUUGGCGGCGGACGAGCUCGCUGGGGUCCCGCCGGGGACGUACUGCGUGUGGGCCCCCAGGUCGGCGGCGCUGACGCCGACUCGGUGCAAGAAGAGCCGAUCCACGGGGUCCUCCUCCCUACGGUGGCGGCUCCGGGACCUGGUGGUCGGGCGGAGCCACAGCGACGGGAAGGAGAAGUUCGUGUUUCUCGCAGCCGGGGAGGACAACGACAAGGAGAAGGAAAGCCGUUGCCGUGUAACCAAGACGGAGGAGACGGGGAAGGGCAAGGAGGACAAGGCGAAGGGGAAGCGUGGUGAGGCGACCGAGGUGGAUAUAGCCACCGCUCAUCGGAUCUAUUACGGGAGCCGCGGCGGCGCCCGGAGGUCGUUCCUACCGUACAAGCAGGACUUGCUUGGCUACUUUGCGAAUGUGAACGGGAUUUAGCCGGAGGCAUCGCCCUUUUUUGAAUCUCUCUCUCUCUCUUUCUGUUCCUAUCUUUAAUGGUUAUAAUUUCUUAGCUAGAAGACCUCUUCUUCUUUUUUA